AUGUGGGGAAGCGUCUGGGGGGAGCGGGGCAGUGGUCCUCCGUACUGGAGUAAAGAAGUGCCAUAUGCUGUGGUUUUAUUGUACAUUACAAUCGAAUAUGUAGAUUCUAACAUCCUCCUUGUUAAUCUUUUCAAAGGUUGGAAAAUCACGUCGCUGAUUGGCUGGAUCUAUAGGGCCGAUGAGGUGCAACAAACCGCCUCUGUUGAUGAUAAGAUGAUGAUACCUUUUGCGCAAGCGGAUAAUUCUGCAUCCGGGCUACCCUACCUUUGGCACGAGACUGUCAAAAGAGCCCCAGUGGUGGAUGCACUCCGAUGCUCCCAGUUUCGCAACUCUGCCACGGUCAACGCGGAAGUGUGGGGAGCUGUGGGAAACGCGGCAAAAAUCUCAUCCGCUCUCGUCCCGUUGAACGGCACGCGUGCUCAGUGA